GAGGUUAAGCCGUAUACCUCCUUCGGGGAAUUAAUCGAGACGGCUGAAGGAGUUCGGAUAAAGGGUCUCGGCCCCGCUGCUAGCAUUCACACGCGGCUCCAGUUCACGGCUCUCGCUUGGCUCUCGAGUAUGACUUCUGCUGCGCUAAUCCCGGCUGCUGCUCAUGGAAAAUCGCACGGAGGAACCGGCGUGGCUCGUCGGUGGAAGGUCACCGGCGAAGUACUUCUCUCCACGAAAAGGGCUGACGAACGAUCGGGGCCUGCUACUGGCUGGUUAGGAUGUCUGCUCAAAAUUCAUGCAACAAUCAGUGCUAAGCGAAGGUCGCCGGUGAAGGGUUGCUGCUCGCAGCACGAGUCGGCUGACAAAGGCGCUGUUAUGGUGAACCGUCGGCGAAGGAUGACGGGUCGCUGGUUUGCUCAAAUUUAA